CGUGUUUGGGAUGAAAGGGGCGUCCCGCGAGGUUUGCUCUGGAAUCCGUGCCGCUGUUCACCUCUGGUGGGCGAUAACUAUCUACCUCGCGUGAGCAAGAAGGUAUGCCUGUUGUCUUUACCCGACCUUCCCAGCCAUCAUCACGUUUACAGUGUUCCAUUUCCCUCUCAGCAAAUAUGAAAGACUGACUAUUCGGACAGUCUCAGUCCUUUGAUGCUGUGACUCAUGUAAGCGUGGCAUCUUCUACUACUUUUCAAAAGAGGAGUACUGUAUACAUUUCAGGAAGAUGUGGUUAAUACAAACACCCCAAUCCUUAGUAACUAAGCCAGGAGGAAGAGGACAAAAUAGAAAAGCAAUUACUCUACUAAAAGCCAGAAUGAAACAGUUGCCUGCAGCAACAGUUCGCCUCCUUUCAAGUUCUCAGAUAAUCACGUCAGUGCUCAGUGUUGUGAAGGAGCUCAUUGAAAACUCCUUGGAUGCUGGUGCCACAAGCAUAGAGGUUAAGCUGGAGAACUAUGGAUUUGAUAAGAUAGAGGUUCGAGACAAUGGUGAGGGUAUCAAGGCUGUUGAUACACCUGUAAUGGCAGUGAAGUACUACACUUCAAAGAUAAGCAGUCAUGAAGAUCUGGAAAACCUGACAACAUAUGGUUUUCGUGGGGAAGCCCUAGGUUCAAUUUGUUGUGUGGCAGAGGUUUUAAUUACAACAAGAACAGCUGCUGAUAAUUUUAGCACUCAGUAUGUUUUAGAUGGUAGUGGCCACAUACUUUCUCAAAAACCUUCACAUCUUGGUCAAGGUACAACUGUCACUGCUUUAAGGUUAUUUAAGAAUCUGCCUGUAAGAAAGCAAUUUUACUCAACCACUAAAAAAUGUAAAGAUGAGCUAAAAAAGAUCCAGGAUCUCCUGAUAAGCUAUGGUAUCAUAAAACCCGAUUUAAGACUUGUUUUAGUACAUAAUAAGGCAGUUAUUUGGCAGAAAAGUAGAGUAGCAGACCACAAAAUGGCCCUAAUGUCAGUUCUUGGGACUGCUGUUAUGAGCAACAUUGAAUCCUUGGAGUACUACUCUGAAGAAUGUCAGGUUUAUCUUAGCGGAUUCUUUCCAAAGCAUGAUGCCGACCACAGUUCCACAAGUCUUUCAACCCCAGAGAGAAGUUUCAUUUAUAUCAAUAGUCGACCAGUACAUCAAAAAGACAUAUUAAAGUUGGUCCGACGUUACUACAAUCUGAAAUGCCUAAAGGAAUCCACUCGUUUGUAUCCAAUUUUCUUUCUGAAAAUAGAUGUUCCUACAGCUGAUGUGGAUGUAAACUUAACACCAGAUAAAAGUCAAGUAUUAUUACAGAAUAAGGAGUCUGUCUUAAUUGCUCUUGAAAAUCUGAUGGUGACUUUUUAUGGACCAGUACCUAGUACAGAUUCUCAUGAAAAUAAUAAAACAGAUGUUUCCUCAGCUGAAACAGUAGAAGCAGAUGUGCUUUUUAAUAAAAUAGAAACAUCUGUAAAUAAUUGUCCAAAUGGUGAUAUUUCAGCUGUAUCUUCCCAAAAAGGUGUAUAUAAUGAUGAAUCUCAAAAAACCACCGAUCUUUGUUUAAGUCAUCAAAUAAAUAUUAGUGACCAUUGUGAUGAUCAUUUUAAUAGGGAAAAUUCUAACAUCAAUAAAGACACUAAAAAUACAGUUGAAAAAAACUUAAGGGAUAAUUUAUCCUCGGAGAAUAUCCAAAGGGAAUGUAUUGCAGCUUGUUUUGAAGGUUCUGUUAAGCAUAUGCAAUUAGAAAAUAGCAGUAAAGGCCAUGUGGAUGAUAGUGGGAAACCUAAAGAAGCAUCAUCAUCUUCUGAGACGUCUUUAGACAUUUGUGCAGAUGACUGGAGCAAGGGAAAUUUACUUAAUUCAGUUGGAGAGAAUAUUGAACCUGUGAAAAUUUUAGUGCCUCAAAACAGUUUAGCCUGCAAAGUGAGUAAUAAUGAUCAAGGCCUUGAACAAAAGAAUCUCAGUGAUGGUGCUUGUAGUAAAAAAUCAAAUGUAAUAGAUAACAAGUCAGGACAGCUUACAGCUUAUGACUUAAUUAGCAGUCGAGUGAUCAAGAAACCCAUGUCAGCAAGUGCCAUUUUUAUUCAAGACCAUCGUGCUCAGUUUCUCACAGAAAAUCCUAAGACCAGUUUGGAGGACGCAACUGUACAAAUUGAAGAACUGUGGAAGACAUUGACUAAAGAGGAAAAGUUGAAAUAUGAAGAAAAGGCUACUAAAGAUUUGGAACGAUACAAUACUCAAAUGAAGAAAGCCAUUGAACAAGAGUCACAAAUGUCAUUAAAGGAUAACAGAAAAAAGAUAAAAUCCACCAGCACAUGGAGUUUGGCACAGAAACACAAGCUGAAAACUUCAUUAUCUAAUCAGCCAAAACUUGAUGAGCUCUUUCAGUCCCAAAAUGAAAAAAAACGGAGUGAAAAUAUUAAAAUAAUAGAGAUUCCUUUUUCUAUGGAAAACUUAAAAAUAAAUUUUGAGAAACAAAAGGAGUUUGAUGUAGAAGAGCAGGAUGAACUUUGCUUAAUUCACAAUCUUAGGUUUCCUGAUGCAUGGCUAGUUGCAUCCAAAACAGAGAUAAUGUUGCUCAAUCCAUACAGAGUCGAGGAGGCCCUGCUAUUUAAAAGACUUCUUGAGAAUCAUGAACUACCUGCAGAGCCACUGGACCAGCCGAUUAUACUAACAGAAAGUCUUUUCAAUGGAUCUCAUUAUUUAGAGAUUUUGUGUAAAAUGGCAUCAGAUGACCAAAGAUGUGGUGGAUGGACUUACCUGUCUGAUGCUCGUCUUACAGCAAAUGGUUUCAAGAUAAAGUUGAUACCAGGCGUUUCCGUUACCGAAAGCUACUUGGAAAUAGAAGCAAUGGCUAAUUGUCUCCCAUUCUAUGGAGUAACAGAUUUAAAAGAAAUUCUCAAUGCUAUACUAAACAAAAAUGCAAAGGAAAUUUAUGAAUGUAGACCUCGGAAAGUGAUACAUUAUUUAGAGGGAGAAGCAGUACGUCUAUCUAGACAACUACCUAUGUAUUUACCAAAAGAAGACAUCAAAAAUAUAAUCCAUAGAAUGAAGCAUCAGUUUGCAAAUGAAAUUAAAGGGUGUGUUCAUGGUCGUCCAUUUUUUCAUCAUUUAACAAACCUUCCAUAAACUUCUUAAUUAAAUAUGUUUAAGAAUAUUACUGUUGAUACCAAUGAGAACAUGAAAGGAUGAGUCCGUUUUUAAACCACUUUUUAUUAUCAUGUGUUAAAUUAUGAAUGAAAAUUCUCUGGCUUAUUUGUAUGUUGAAAAAGGUUCAAAAGUUGUAAAACCAAUUUAAUAAAUCAUUACAGGCUAUAUUUAUAUUUUAUCCUCACAGCCUUCACUAUAGUUCCCAUGUUGAGUACAGGUAGUUUUUUCUUGAAUGGUUCUCCUUUUCAGGCAGAACUUUCCCAUCACACAGUCUCAGCUGCUGUACUUAAUAAGACUUGUCUGUAUUGUGUAAAGUAAGAUAAAGAGAAAGGAAGUAGGAGAACUAGUAAGAUGAAGUUUAGAAGAGAAGUAAUGUAACUUCUAAAAACCUGCCACUUGCCUCCAUCUUGAGAGUAAUAGCUUAGCUGAUGCUGCCUCUUUCUUAUGUUGUUUGGUCUUUGAGGUCAAAAUUUUGCAAAGAACAUAGGGAGACAUAAAUUUUUAACAGAAUUAGGGGUAAGAUCACUUUAUUUAAGUGCAUCCUUUCUAAAAAGGCCAGCACACAGUGCAUUUGCUCAGCAGAAGAUGCUAGACAUAAUGUCAAGUAUAAUGCUUGAAAUUCUUCCUUUGCCCAGCCUUUUUUCUUCGGCCAAAGUUGUCUAUUUCCCAUGACCCAAAUACUGCUUUUUCUUUUAUCUUUCUUUAUAAAUAUAGGACACCUUUCUUAAAGUAAUCCUUUUCAACUGGUUAAAAGAACUGGAGAAAAGAAUAGCUCAACAAGAAGAGAGUAAGAAAAUUUGUAUUGCACAUUUGUACCAACUCUAAUAAAAAUGAAGACUCACUUUUAAA